AUGGAAAUUUAAGACAACAAUAUUCCCAAUCUCUAAAAUGUACCCAUAGUUACUGGGUAGCCAGUGUAAUAGGAGGAGCAGGUCAUUUUGACUAAGGUUAAUGCUGAUAUAGAGACAAAAAAACAUGUGUGCAUUCAUUGGUGUUUAUUUUUUGUUUUGGUUACUAUUUUUGUAUUGACAUCUGUGUUUAUGCCAGACUCAACUUAAUUAGUAUAGAUGGACUACCCUUGCUAAUAAAAUAAUGAAGCACUUUUGGGAUAAGGAUCUUGGUUUGAUGAGAACAAAUAAUUAUUGUAAAUUUUAAAUUAGAUUCUAAUAGUUGCAACUAAAGUGGGGCCAACUACACAAUUAUUAGGAAAUUGGAUUAAAAGAAUCAAUUUUUAAUAAUCUAUGGACAAUUUAGUUUUAAUACUCCUAAAGGAUAUUAAAUCUCCUACAUCAAUUAUACAGCUACGUUAUUUGGAUUAACAAAAGACUAACAACAAUCAGGAAAUCUAACUGAACAUCUCAUAGCUAGUAAUGAUCACUCAAUAACGUCAAAUUGUUAAAUAAAUUAUGAUGAAGAUAAUCAAGAUAAUCAAGAUAAUCAAUAAAAUAAUGGAACGAAUCCAAAUAGAUUAUUGCAAAGAGAUGGCAAUCAUAAUCCUCCACCUCCUCCUCAACAGAAUUAAUAAGGAACUUACGAUCCAUAGAUUUGUGAUUGGAAUGUUUUGGUAUACGUUCCAAUUCUAGACUAUCACGACUACCUCUUUGUUAUCGACUUUAGAAAAAUUAAUAUCACAAAUAGAGUGAAUAUAUUCUUAGAAGGAGUAACUGUCGAUCCAAGAUACUCAAAUUCAGUCUUGGCAGUGAGAUAUACCUUUUUUGCAUUUUCAUUACUCACUCUGGCACUUUUUGGAUUCAGAAUCAAAAAAUUGGCUCUGUAAAACUGGGUGAUUGAGCAAAAAUUUGUAGUAGUUUUAAGUUUUCUUUUGCCUUGGUUUAAUGAUCCUCUUUAUGCAGCUACUUUGUUGGCUCCAAACAGAGUCACUGCUGUAAUUGGUGUCAUAUUCUUCAGUAAUUUCAUUUGUUGUCUCUUUCUUUAUUGGCUUGUACUCUAUCACAGAAUUGUGGUUGAGAAUGGAAGCAAAAACACCACAUCACUCACUAAGCCUAAGGUCUUAGUUUGCGGUCUUUUAUGGCUCUUUUUUGUGGUCUCCUAUUCAAUCUUAGUGAUUUAAUAUACCAAAGACCCCACUACUAGUUUUGAUGAUCUCCAUCAUAGAGCCUACAUGGCAUUUAAGGUGCUUUCAUUUUUAUUUUCAUUUGCUAUUUUUGUGUAUUUGCUAAAAUACUUGAUUCAGUUUUGUAAAUGUUAUGAGACUAGAUUGUGGCGAUACAAGUUGAUUGGAUUGUUUAACAUAUUUUUCAUGAUGUGUUUGGGAUUGUUCAUUUUAUCUGGAUCUUUUGAAAUCUAUAAUCUCACCGGAACGGAAGUGCUUAUUUCCAUAAGUAUAUUGAAUUUGUACAUCUAUUAUCAAUAAUACUUGUGGAGUCCCAGCAAGAAGGGGUUGGAAGAAUAGAGCCAUUCUGAUUAGAACAUGAUGGUCAGUAAUAGGGAUUACGAAGAAUUGGAACUUGACAAUAUCCACAUCAAUUAAGCCAAUGUUGUGGAUGAUAAAUUUUAGGGUGUGGAUGAAAAAUUCUAGGUUGAGGAUGACAAGGUUAUGUUGCCUGAAUGA